AUGGCUUUUAGAAAAACCCUGUUUGGAUGCGUCACGGCCGCGCUGGCCACGGUCGGGCACGCGUCCCAGCCUGGGGCAGCCGAGCCAGUCCCGGCUCCCAUGAGGGACCUCCAGUGGGCACAACUCAACUUUCUGCACACGACAGACACCCACGGCUGGCACGGCGGUCAUCUCCUUGAGUCCCAGUACUCGGCAGACUGGGGAGACUAUGUUUCUUUUGCCGAGCACCUCCGCCGCCGCGCCGACAGGGAAGGCCGUGACCUGCUACUGGUUGAUACGGGCGACAGGAUUGAGGGCAACGGGCUUUACGACGCUUCGGACCCCAAGGGCCGCUUCACAUACGACAUAUUCCGUCAGCAAGACAUUGACAUCAUCUGCACCGGCAACCAUGAGCUCUACCAAGCCGAUGCCGCCGACCGCGAAUGGUCGCAGACGGUCCCCAACUUCAAGGACAAGUACAUCGCCUCCAAUCUCGACUACAUAGACCCAGAGACGGGGGAGAAGAAGCCGAUGGCUCAGCGGUUUCGUAGGUUCAAAACAAAGAAUCAAAAGAUGGAUAUCUUAGCAAUGGGUUUCCUGUUUGACUUUACCGGCAAUGCCAACAACACGGUCGUCCAACCUGUCGAGGACACUGUCAAGGAAGAGUGGUUCAAGGAGGCGAUCAAGGAGAAGCCUGACAUCUUCGUUAUAAUUGGACACGUCGGGCUACGAAUGCAAGAGUUCAAGCACAUCUUUACAGAGAUCCGAAAACAAAACUGGUUUACUCCAAUCGCUUUCUUUGGAGGGCACGCACAUGUUAGAGACGCCGUUAAGUUCGAUGACGCCGCUUAUGCUAUCGCGAGUGGUCGGUACUUUGAGACUAUCGGGUGGAUGUCGGUAGAUGGGCUCUACAAAGACACCACUAAGGGCAAAACGCCAGUCAAAUUUCAGAGACGGUAUAUCGACAAUAACCUGUUGGGCUUGUACCACCACACUGGCCUCAACCAGUCUACCUUCCCUACCAAGAAGGGCCAAGAUGUGACUGAGAUGAUCACGGCUGCCAGAAAAGAGCUUGAGCUGGAUGAGAAGUACGGCUGUGCACCCCAGACCUAUUGGAUGAACCGCGCUCCUUACCCCGGAAAUGAGAGCUUGUAUACCUGGUUGGAAACAGAGGUGCUGCCUGGAGUCGUUGUCAAUGAAGAGAGGAAAAACACCUCCCGGCUGGCCAUCUUGAACACCGGUGGGAUAAGGUUUGACAUCUUCAAGGGUCCAUUUACCAAGGACUCGACUUUUAUUGUCAGUCCGUUCACGUCGGGGCUGAACUACGUCAAGGAUGUGCCAUAUGAAAUCGCGCAAAAGGUCAUCAAGCUGCUCAACAAUGGCGGACCGAUUCUUGCAGAUGCACAAGGGGUGCCAGAUAUGCGAUUCAUGGCAUCGCCGGAGCAGUGGUUUCGCACCGAGGACGUGGUCGUUACCGACUCGACGUCGACACAGUCUCAACCAUUCGCCACUGAGGAUUAUGACCAGAAGCCUUUGGGCCAUCAUGAUAAGCACAAACCGGCCUUGAUUGGUGGCUACACAACCAAGGAUGACAUAUCUGAAGAUGGCGACGAUGCGGUGCAUUUGCCAUUGUCAUUCUAUAAAGUACCGAAUUGUAUCCAGGCGGAGGUCGGCUUUCCUGUAGACGACGAUGGAAAAAAGAAGAACCCUGAAAAGGUGGACAUUGUCUUCAUCAGCUUCAUUCAGCCGUGGGUUCUCCUCGCCCUCAAGUUUGCGGGAGGCGAUUAUGCCUCGGAUGACCUCCUGCUGCACCUCUUCAACGGUCGGGAGUUCCCAACCCUUGCCGUCUCCACUAUCGCCCGGAAGAGGUUCCCAACCGGGAGGAAGCUGCUCUCCUUUCCUGUUGUCGGCAAGGGUCUCAAAGGCGUCCUUCUCCUUGGCGGCCUCGUACGCCAGCAGCUCGUCGUCCUCCUCGUCCGGGCUGUAGCCGUAGUAGGCGGCGUCGACCUGUUUCCUCAAGUCGUCCCUGGCCUCGAGGGGCUUGUCAUCGGCCUUCUUGGCCCUGGCGGCCUCGAACAGCUCCUUGACGCCCGGCAGCUCCUUGGCCCGGCCAAAGUACCUGUAGCCCCUGCCGCCGGAGCCGCCGGCGACCUCCUUGCCGGCCUCGUCGUAGACCUUGGCGCCGCCGGCGCGCGUGUAGUUGGGCCCGCCGAGGUUCCUGAUCUGCACCUCCCACAUGUGCUUCUCGCGCAUGAGCUUGUUGAUCUCGUCGUUGAGGUCGCGGAUCUGGUAGUCGGACAGCGACGGCUCCUGUAUGCGCGACACCUUGCGCGAUAUCUCCUUGAGCACCUGGCCGCGCCACUUUUCGCACGCCGGGAUCGAGUCCUGCUCCGUGAUGGCCCGCGGCCGCCGCGUGCGCCCCGCGUCGAUGAUGCCCAGGUCCGCCGCCUGCGCCUCGCGGAAGCGGAAGAGCAUCGACUGCGCCUUUUCUGA